AAUCCAUUUGUGGGAUGGAUUUUAAAGGACUUUGACAGUGUUGGCUUCGUAUCCGUUCUCCCACAUCCACAACACACUCAGCAAGCAGCAAGUUCAACUCAUGGCUGGUGCUUCAUUUUGCCUUGGCUUCUUUCCUUCGCCAACUUCUCACUUUUCUAAUCCCACUGCUGCUGCUCCUCUUCCUGCCUUUAUCUCCAAACCCAUUCCAAAGGCGCUUCAGCGCACCACACUCUGCAACAUUAGCACAGAAAUGCAUGAACGGGGAUUGCCCCUUAUUUGCUCAAAGGAAGGAUUGCAGUAUCCAAGGAGGCAUGCUAUGCUCGGCGCCCUCCACUUUUUUUCUGCCCCUUCUUUCUUUCCUUUGGUUGCAGCUGCGGAGGACACUGUUCUCCCAGUAUAUUACAGAAAUUACACUGACGAGGAAAAUAAGUUCAAGUUAUCGGUUCCUCAGGAUUGGUUAGUGGGGGAAGGAGAUCCCAACGGUAGCAGUUUGAUAACUGCUUUUUAUCCAGAGGAAAAAGCUGAUUGUAGUGUAAGCAUUGUCAUUACGAGACUUAGCCCAGAUUUUACAAGAUUGGAAUCUUUUGGCCCUGUUGAUGCAUUUGCUGAGACUCUGAUAGGUGGUUUAGAUAGAAGCUGGCAAAGGCCUCCUGGUGUAGCUGCAAAGCUCUUAGAUUCUAAAGCCAAAAAUGGCUUGUAUUACAUUGAAUAUUCACUGCAAAAUCCUGGUGAGAGUUGUAGACACAUAUUCUCGGUUCUUGGACUGGGAUUCAAUGGUUGGUAUAACAGACUUUACACUGUAACCGGACAGUUUUUAGAGGAAGACUCAAAUAAAUACAAAUCCAACAUUCAGAUGGCUAUUUCUUCUUUCAGGUUAAUCUGAGAAUGUUGUGGGAAUUUUGAAGUGUAACACCAGGUCUAAUGCCUUAAACGCGAACCUGUGUUAUGAAAGAAUUGAUCGUGAAGGAUAUAGCAUGAUUUUUUUUCCCUCGAUUAUUGCAGAGUCGUUACCAGAGCAAUAUCCAAGCUGCCGCAGUCAUUGACUGAAAACCAGCAUGAGAAUUGCUGAAACCCAUUCUUUUGCACCUUGCCAUGAGGGAUGAAUCCCAAUGUUGCUGUUUUUUUUGUAAUUGAAAGUCAUAUUCAAUGUUAUGGUACAUAUCUUGUUGAAAAUUGUACGGUAUAUAUUAUUUUCAUGGUUUCUUUGACUUUCUGGUGAUUUCACAGGUAAAAGAUUGUAUUGGUUGCAAAUUAAAACAAAGCAAUACGUCUGUACUUUUUACCCUCCAGAAGCAUUCCUCGUGCACUGCUUUGUUCUAUAACUCACUCGGAGCUUGUCUCUUUCUUCCUGUAAUUUAUCCCACUGAGUGAAGUUGAUGCUACUAUUUGACUCUA